AUAGCCGAGUGUGGUGUGGUCCUUAAAAUGCGCUGCCCCUCUGGAAUGUGCUCGAAAGUGCAAUGUUCUUCAAUCAUCCGAAUCCUUUCAUUGGUAGUAAUGUGUGACUGAUUACUGCACUUCGUUAAGACAAAUUAUUCACAAAACUGAGUAACAAUUGAUUAACAAUUAAAAAAAAAUAUGGUUGAAAAAAAAAAAAAGUGCCGUUAAGUCUGGAAGUAAACUGGAGUUCAGUAUCACAGUCCGUUAUGGGGGUGGUGUGUGAUGAGUGAUAAGUGAUGUGUGGUGCAGCGUGCAUGACAAGUGUGUCACCGUGUGAGGGGCGGAGAAUACGUCUUCCACUCACAAGUCCUGCAUCGUCACACACAGAAGCAGCCGCCCGCGUGGAAUUCGGGCGCCUCGCAAGGAUCUAGGCUACAUCUUCACUUGCUUCUAGAAAUUAGUGGGGUUUGUAGUCAGUCUUACGUUCAGUGACAGACUAACCCUUCGCUCAGCAAGCCAGGAGGCGCGGGAAGUGCGGAAAGGCGGGUGCCUGUACCGUGCGUUUGUCUACAGCACUUGUUGUACCCUGUGUUGAUCGAACCAAUGCUAUUGAUGGUACUUUUUUUUCAGUAUAGGCCAGAAAUGUUAACAGUUCGGUGCAUCAAGUUGUAAUUCGUGGUGAUGAUGAUCAUGGUUACCAUAGUUGGUGUGUCACCACUACAACAUCAUCAUAGCGUCGCCGCCUGGCAGAUCCUCGAUGUGAUUAACAUAAGGCCUUGGAAAGUUUUGUUGGACGCAUAUUAGGAACUUUUAAAUUCAUGAAAACAAAUACAUGUGCAUCUCACUGAACAAAAGACUAGACUUUGUCAUACCGCAACGAUGGACCUUCCCCCGCUGUGCCUCCUGCUACUGCUGCUGCUGCUGCUACUGAACCCGUGUGUGGUGAAGGCGCUCACCCAUGACUACCAAGUGGCAGACAUCCAUUGUGAUUUUGGUGAGGAUGGCGGGAGUCAGGGACACGAAAAGUUGACUGCCCUUAUCCGGAAGCCUGAAGGGUUCCGUGCUCACCCUCGCUUCGCCGACACUACCACCACCGUGACAGAUGCGAUGUGUCAGAUUCAGCAGGACUCUCAGUACGUGUACAGCCUCAUGGUGACAGACUUCUCUCGCUGCGGCGUGGUGAAGAAGGACGGGUACGCCACAGUGCGGGUGCGGUUCCCCCAGCUGGAAGGAGUAAUGCUGGCCAGCGAUAAGGAAGUGCUGGUCAUGUGUAAACCAACCGCACCCAUUGUGACUGAGAACCGUGUCGCCAGCUUUGCUGGGGCGCUACCGCCCCUAGGAAGGGUGUCUGGCAUGGUGAAGGAGACUCCCGACCGCCUGGAAUACGAUGUGGCACUGUUCCGCAAGGUAUCAGCUAGUUCAGGGGAGGCUCUCACACCAAGCCAGGCCGUCCCAAUCGGAUCCAAACUCCAACUUCGUGCAAGCAUCGGCAGCCAGUCAACGUGGAAGUUUUUGAAGCUCAUGGAAGUGAUUGUUUCCAGUGAUCCCCACGAGGCAAAGAUGCCCGGCCACGUCGUCCUCGUCAGUGAAGGGUGCCGAGUGCAGGAAUAUUCUUCCAUCGUGCCUCAACACCCUCGACAAAUCGGUGAGAACUCAAAGGAGGUGAUCCUGGACUUCGAGGCCUUUAUGCUAGACUCCAAGGUAACGGAGUCAUCCCAACUGUGGAUCCACACCACCAUCAAGGCGUGCAUCGACUUCAGAGACUGCAUGGCGGAUCUUUGCUACAGCCUUGACGCACCAACGGGCUACGGACGGCGGCGGAGGCGAGUGACACUGUACGCUGAGGGUUUGCUGGAAGUGUCUGAUGACCACACCAACACCUCAUUCCCAGCACUCAUGUCCGACCACUCCACAGUUCCGGCUAACGACUCCUUAGCCUCUCCUUCCUCGACUGAAGCUUUGAUAUUCACCACCCCCGACCCCGCUCAGGAAACCGUCAAUCGAUCCGAGGAAGCAGUUGCACGUCCCAAGGCGUUAGCCCAGUCCUCGGGGCCUGGCAAAAACUCAACGAACUUGGGUAAUAACGUUGGCUUCACUGUCGUCGUGCCUGAAGAAUUCUUCACACGCACAGAGGCACUGUACCAAUCUUGUGCUACAUUCAUGGUUCUCUCAGGACUGCUGGGAGUCAGUAUGCUCCUGGGGAUCGGCCUAAUGUGCCUUCUUGCCUCUCGUUUACACCGGACUGCUGUGCUGGCGCAUGCCACUACUCUGGACACUGUCAUCAAAGACCACCAACAGAAGUAUGACCUCAGGGACUUUCUCAGGCCUCCCUUUCAGUGAAUGAUGCGGCUACUACCUUCACGUCAUGGAGAUGUUACAGACCAGUAUCCAGUGAUAGUUGCCUGGAAAAUUAUGCGGUAGUUCUCGAGACAAUUUGGCAGAUAUUUUGAUGGCUAUUAUCAUAAAAUAACUAAAUACAAUCCAUUAUUAUUUGAGGGGUACUGGCCUUGACAUGUAGGUGUAUAAUUAUGUACUGGUUGGAUGUCGAUGAAUAUGCUCUUUAAAUUUUUACAAUUUUACAUAAGCUAACAAACAGUAUCUUCUGUAAAUAGAUUUACAAUAGUCAGGAUAAUUGUGGGUGUUACAUGUGGGACACCUACGGACUCCACGUGCUUGUGCCGCAUCAGAACUCUAAACAUGUUAUCAGCAGCAAAUAUACUGUACAAUGUACCUGACAACUUUCAUAACUGUCUCUUCACAAUUGAAUUAAAAUCUGCUCAAAGUAAAAGUUGUGUCCUUGCAAUUUGUAUUACUAAGAAAGGCUAGUCGUCCUUUGCCCAGCAACACAACAUAUCAGGCGUAAAAUUUGUAUUCCUCUCGGGUUCAAAAUGUUUAAUUCUAUGAGUUUUGCACAUUCCGUUAUUUUCUAUUCUGGGAUUCGUGGAACAUUUCUGCAUACGGGUAACUAACUAGUGACUGUCUGACUAUUUCCCUUCUAAGCAUUUGAUAGACAGCUGCCUAGAAUAACUUAGGCAAGGAAAUUAUAGGCUGACAACUAAAAAAGAGAAGACACUUAUGUUUUAUGCACUCCCGUCUACAAGGAAUACUACAUAAUUAAAGAGAUUACACUAUCUGAUCCAGUUCUUGCCGCAUUUUUACCUCUUCACUAACCUGCCUUACUUUGUAUGAUUUCUUCUUCAACUAGUGAUCUUGAGGACAAGUCAAAUCACUAAACAAAGAAAUAUAAACAUGAUUAAUAACUCAUAACUUGUGAAGGGUCUGGUUGCCUUCUUGAUGUGGGAUGAAAAUAUCAAGGCACUAGAGCAAUUUUCUGUCCAGACCAGUGUAUAUAAUCACUAUGGAAUGAGCAUUAACCAUGGCAAAGAUUAAACCUACAGUCAUGCUUAAUCAUUACAGAAUUGUUUUUGUAGUGGGGAAAUAUAUAUACAAACUCUUUGUAAACUUCAUUAACAUAAAAAUAUCAAAUAUUAGAACCACAGUUAAAGAAAAUUUGAAAGAUCCAGUUUCUGUUAGUCACAGACAUUGAAAAUUCAUACAACAGCAGCCUUUUAACUUAAACAAAAAAUAUAUGAAUAAAAAAUAAAUACAAGUCAAAACCCACCGUCUGUGAGAACCAGAAUAUUUGAUACAUCAUAAAUAUUGUACUAAGCUACUAUCAACAAUCCUUCUGAAUGUGGCAAGGCACUUGAGACAGACUGCAAUAACAUCUGCCAAACAAUUAGUUGGGAAAACUCAAAAUGUGGCACCCAUCCAGAGAGCAGCAGCAGCAGCAGCAGCAGUGUCAGCAACAGCUAAACUGUUAGGAAUCUAUGUACUGGGCAUUGAAUGCAUCUCACUAAGCAUGUCUGCUGUAGUGAAGUAGUAUCUGGUACAUACCUAAACAUUAAAGGAAAACUCCUAAAAUUUCAAGUCUUCCAAAAUAGGGUUAAGAAAUCUGACACAGUGAGAGGGUAGGUACUAGAAAUUUCCUAAUAAAAGUAAGCCCAUUAGCUUGAGUAAAUUAUGCAUGAAACUAACAAGCUUAUUUGCUCUUGCUAUAUAAAAAGCCAAUUCAAUGAAUGAAUGAAAUAUUGAAAAAAGCUGGUUAUAAAUCUGCACCUCAAUGCCAACAACAAUGCUGCUGGUCUGUUAUCAAGAUGCUGCACAGUUUGGACAACCACUUACAUUUCAAGUAGAUUUUUUGAACUUUCAGCCUAGAGCUCUUGUAACUUAUACUGUACACCCCAACAACCAAAUACAAGGUUUAUCUCCUUUUAUGAUUUGAGGAUGCGGCUGCAAGUUCUACUCCAGCUUCAAUGAUUACUUUCAGACUUCAUCAUAAAAAGGAACUCUUUACAAGGAUCUUGAAGCUUGUGGAACCUGGAUACCCACACCAAAUAUGAUCAAUUUCAUGAUAUACUGUAAAAAUGUGAGACUAAUUUAAUGCAUUCUCUCUCUCUCUCCAACACACACUCAAAUACAUGCACACACAUUAGGGACAACAUUAGCUUAGUUCGUAUCCUGUGUACAUUUAUAAGGUAAAUAAAACUUGAUAAAUACACAUACUCACUCACACAUAUACACCUUCAAAUUUCCACUUUGAUAAUGCUAGUAACUUCAAACAUUAAUAUAGCUAUUUACAUUGAAGAAGAAAAAUCUACAACAUUAAAUAAAACUGACAUCAUCAGCACAAUGUCUAUCUUUAGAAUUACCUAUUUUACUUUAGUUUACUCCUAUAAAGGAGGUAAGCUAAGUGAAGCUACUGACAUUUCAAUUGCAAUCAACACAGAAUACUUAAUCCCAAACUUUACACAUAGUAAACGGUGACAAUAUUUAUUUGGUGUAAUGAAACAUGGAGGCAAACCAUAAACCUCUUUUAAGUACUACUAGAUGAUAUUGGAACUGUAAUAAGACAUGUACAAAAUAUAAGUUAAUUUAGUAAGAAGAUGUAUAUGGAUUUGAUUUUUCAGUCUUCUUUACAAGGAGCAAAUAUCUGAAUCUCUUUCAAAUUUAUAAAUACUUGAGCAGCUCAAUGAGUCAUGGUUUUUUAUUACUUUAGUAAAAAUCUUUAAGAAAUAACUAUACAAACUGUGUUAUUGUCCUCUAAUACACUAGAAAUGGCUAUGAGUCAUUAAAAGCGUUGUAACCAGAUCACAAAAAAACAUACACAUCACUCAAGGUAUCUUUUAUCUAUCUACAAUAAAACUUAACUGUUAUUAUCAUCACCAACCUUCCCUACAACCCAAUUCUUUCUCUAUAAUGAAGAACUAAUUGCAAGUGUUUCCUCAACAGUAUGUGAAAUAUGUGGUGAUUUACCAGAUAACCUUACAGCUAUCACUGAUAAGUUUCCAUUUGCUGUAUAAAAAUAAAAUCCAUCCAAAUUAUAAUUCAGUAUCAACAAUACACUAGCAUGGCUAGUGAUUACUUUUUUAAGUGUUUAAAUAAAUCAAGAAAAACAAGGUUGCAUCAUAAGCAUGUGAGAGACAUAACCACAGAGCCCAGAAAUAACAGUAAGAAGUAAGAAAAGGUUUUAGAAUAUCAGCAAGACCUUGGAAUUACUAAAACAAAAAAUUGAACAUCACUCUUAAAAAAGCUGACACACUGCCAUGGACAUAUCAAUGAAUCUCUGAUAACAUUUUGGAGGAAUUCACGGGCUGGUUUGUGCAUCACUGCCUCACUCGACAUCUGUGACAAAUAACACUGAAAAAUGUUUACGAGAUAUUAAACGACAAUGGCAACUGGACAUUAUA